AUGGAGAACCAGUGUCUUGCCAAAAAAGUUCCAGGGUUCUGCUCCUUUCGCUAUGGAUUGGCUGUUGUUUUGCACUUCUGUAACAUUGUCAUCAUGGCUCAGAGAGUGUGCCUGAACCUCACCAUGGUAGCCAUGGUGAACAGAACAGAGCCACCCAAUUUACCCAAUGGAUCUGCAGUGGAGAGAAUGGAUGAUGGAAAGAACCCCGUGUAUUCCUGGAGUCUUGAUAUUCAAGGGCUUAUCCUCAGUUCUGUCUUCUUUGGUAUGGUCGUGGUUCAGAUUCCUGUUGGGUACCUAUCUGGACUAUAUCCAAUGAAGAGAAUACUUGGGUUUUCAAUGCUCCUCAGCUCUGUGCUCUCCAUGCUUAUCCCACCAGCAGCCCAAGCUGGAGCAGCUUUGGUCAUUGUGUGUCGAGUACUCCAGGGAGUAGCCCAGGGAAUAGUGUCAACAGGCCAACAUGAAAUAUGGGUCAAAUGGGCACCUCCCUUGGAACGAGGCCGGCUUACCUCCAUGACUUUAUCAGGAUUUGUAAUGGGACCAUUUAUUGUCCUUCUUGUGAGUGGAUUCAUCUGUGAUCUUCUGGGUUGGCCCAUGGUUUUCUACAUUUUCGGUAUUUUUGGCUGUAUCCUGAGUCUUUGCUGGUUCCUUCUGUUCUAUGAUGACCCCAAGGACCACCCGUAUAUGAGCAGCAGGGAGAAGGCCUACAUCACAUCCUCUCUUCCCCAGCAGGUCAGCUCGCGCAGACAAUCUCUGCCAAUCAAAGCUAUGCUUAGGUCUCUUCCGCUCUGGGCUAUUAUCAUCAAUACCUUUGCUUUCAUAUGGUCCAACAGCCUCCUGGUUACGUACACUCCAACAUUUAUCAACACUGUGCUUCAUGUUAACAUUAGAGAGAACGGGCUGCUGUCCAGUCUCUCCUAUCUGCUUGCUUACAUCUGUGGCAUCGUAGCAGGUCAGCUGGCAGACUUCCUCCUGUCCCGGAAGAUUUUCAGCGUAGCUAACGUGCGGAAACUCUUCUCUACGCUAGGGAUUCUCUCUCCUGUGAUCUUCAUCAUGUGCCUGCUCUAUUUGAGCUCCAGCUUCUACAGCACCAUCAUCUUCCUGACACUCGCCAACUCGACACUCAGCUUUUCCUUCUGUGGACAGCACAUCAAUGCCUUGGAUAUUGCUCCCAGCUAUUAUGGAUUUAUUAAAGCUGUUUCAGCUCUAAUUGGAAUGAUUGGAGGCCUAAUUUCUUCAGCUGUAGCUGGGCUGAUCCUUAAUCAGGAUCCAGAAAACGCAUGGCAUAAAAUCUUCUUCUUGAUGUCAGGCAUUAAUGUGACGUGCCUAACUUUCUACAAUGUGUUUGCUAAAGGAGAAAUUCAGGACUGGGCUAAAGAAACAAAAAACACACGACUGUGAAGGAUGCAGCCUCAACACACAGCAAUGAGUAUCUUCGAGCACCGAGACUGGGCCUAGCAAAAUGCAGCAGCUACUCCAAUAUUUUCACAUAGAUCUCCCAGGAUAGGGCAGAGGAAGGAGGCAAGGUGGCACCUGGCAGAUAGAUUUAUUUAUUUUUAUGUCCAUAGGGGAGACAUGCAAAAAUGGCAUGGAUAACCUGUCACUGGACAAGAAAGACGACUUGAGAAAAGCCUCCUAGUCUACACUAAUUUCUUUGAGGUGCUGGCUCACUCUCUGCGUGACAACACUCCAGUGACAUCUCUGUGUGUUUUGUUUUCCUGUUUCUACAAAAGUUAAUAGAAAACUGAGUGCUUACGAAGCACGAGGUCAGAGUCCCUAUUAAAAGAAGAGGAACUGUGUGAGACUCCCAUCCCCAGGGAGCCACCAACCCCAGGAGGGGGUGGCGUGAGGAUCCUGGGAGGCCAGUCUCACCCGCUUUAGUCUGUGUACUUCUUCUGCACUGCGUAUUGUAUGCGACAAGUUACGUGUCUGAGU